GUCAACAACGUCACUUCGAAUUAAAUAUCAACCAGAAAAUAUAUACUUGAAAAUAUCGAAUAAAUUGUAGUUAAAUGGAUAAAGAUGAGGAAGAAGUAGCCAUUAAAAAAGAAACAUUUUUUAUUUCUGGUAUAGUAACAAGCCCAUCGUUUCAAAGAUGUAGAUUCUUAGCUAUAAAACUAUACAGAAGUUUCCCGAAAUUGUAUGAGCAACCGAAUAUUAAACCAAUGUUUAAUGUAGAAUGGGAAGAAUACUUAACAAAGAUGAAACGUACUUACGGCCAAAAAAUAUGGGCAUUAAAAAAACAAGUGAUGGUUUUCGUAAACGAUAGCUAUUUAGGAGAUGAUACGGAUUUCGUUAACCAUCUCCAACAGAAAUAUCAUUUCUCCUUGAACUUAGACCUGGAUAAAAUGGGAAGGUGCCAUCUCGUGGAAAUGUUGAGAAACAUAAUGGGUAAAUACAGGCAGAUAGCUUAUUUGACGAUAUCAAUUAAUAACCAAGUGAUCGGUUCAAUGAUGUUCGAGUUAUAUAACGAUUUGGUUCCUCUAGCUUCUGAAAAUUUCCUCGAAAGAUGUAAAGACAUGGAAGACGGUUAUACAGGAACGCCAAUUCAUAGGAUUGUGAAAGGCGGUUGGAUUCAAUGUGGAGGUUGGAAUUUAACAAACAAAAUAAUGCCUUGUGAGAAUUACGUAAUUCCACAUGACAGGAGAGGCGUUUUAUGUACGACAAAUAUUGGAAGACACAAAGAAAAUUCUACACAGUUUUUUAUUACAUUAGCUCCAGCCCCUUGGAUGGACACCAAAUAUGUUGCUUUCGGGCAACUACUUCAAGGAGAAGAAAUAUUGAGAGCUAUCGAAAACGUCCCUACUUAUUACGAAUCACCCAAAUACCCCAUAGACAUAAUAAUGAGCGGGGAAGUAACCUUGGACGGUAUACCUGAUUACUUCACUUCGACAGAUCAUCCCGGAUAUCAAAGUAUUCAACCCACGGAUGACAUGUGCUAUAAAGACAAUUAUAAUAUGGUACCAACAACGUCUAGAUUCUCUAUAACGAAGUUCAGACAUGGUUUGUACAGUUUGGAAACAGAUAUGAGGAAUUAUCUGACGUUUCCACAAUUACCGGAUUAUCUAAUGCCGAGAAUUGACAAAACUGGAUCCGAAGGAAGUAGUACUAGUACUCUCGAUAUAGGAAAAUUCGUUACAUUGGACGUACAACCUCUGGUGUUACAAGAUUCCGUUGUAGAUUUUUCCAAGACUCAAAAUAUUCUAAAAGAUUGCAAAAUGCCAACCCAGAGCAAUACUACAUUGUAGAAGUUUUUAUAUAUAUCUGUAUAAAUAUAUGUUAGUGCCUCGUGAAGGGUUUUUUCUUCUAAUUCGAAUCACACACUGGUGAAAACAAUACUGGAGAUAGAGGAAGAAGAAAGGAGAGGAAAGGAUACAAGAUAAUUUGAGAUCAAAAGCAACGAAUAAAAGAAGAAGAAGCAUGGAAGUUAUUCAAAGAAAUUUUUGAAGAAAUGGAGGAAAUUUGUGGGUGAAGGAAGAACCAGGAACACUUGGCUACAACGAGUAGCGUAGGAAGAGUGAAAAGAGUGAAAGACAAGAUUGAUAGAAAAGAAGUGGGAAAAUGGAUGAAAGGAGAAUGAAAACUGGAGUCCCAAGUAGAACAUUGCUAGAUAGAAUUUCCUUCUUUUCGCUGUAACUUUGGUUUCAUUCAAAUAAUUAAGUAAUUUGGACGCCACAUUGUUUAUAAAAGCAAUGAUAACAAAAAAGAAUUUGAGUGGAUAAAAAAAUUUUGAAUAGAAAGUUACAAAUAUUGAUUUUUGUUAAUAUAUAGUGUGUUCCAAUAUAAAUACUGUUUUCGAUAAUUAAAAUCUCCAAAAUGUAUUUCAACUCAACACUUUAAUUAAACAAAUUUUAAUUAACAACAAAUAAA